AUAUAAAUAUGCCCUUGAUUUCCACAUCUCUGUCUCUUAAAAUUAAAGUCGUUCAGCUGAUCACAUCAAUUAGUACUCUUUAUCUACAAAUCUGGAAUCCCAUUUUUCCUUCUUUCUCUUCUACACUCACCCCAAAUACUCUCUUUUUCUCUACUGUCAUUUCGUUUCAUUUCAUAUCUUACUUUCCAAAAUUCCUUGCAAGUUGCAACACUUUGUGAAGAUUAUCUCUUCUUCUUCAUUUCUCAACUUUUAACAAACUUAUAUAUAAAUCUUACUCUAACAUACCAUCUCAAAGAAACACAAAAUUUAUUGUUAAUUUAUGGCAAGGGUAAUUUCACCCCUAAACCAAGUUAGGAGAUCAUUUAUUCUCUUCAUUAACAUAUCUUUCCUUUUCUUACUCUCUUUCUACUUGACAAUUCUCCUCUUCUCUUCCGAUUCCCGUCUUCUCCAUCAUCAAUCCAAAACAUCACCAAAUCAUGUUCAGAAAUUGGAUGGAAGUGUGAAUUGUAGUCAAGUUCAUCAUUUUCAUAGUUACCAAGAGAAGUGUGAAUAUGUGAAAUCUACUAAAGGGUGCAAACCAGGCGGAUACAUAAAUUAUCUCCAAAUAUUCUACUGCAUCUGUGGUUCAAGUCCUGGAUUAGGCUACACCGUACUCAUUCUAUGGCUGAUUUUGUUAUUCUAUUUAUUAGCUAAUACGGCUGCAAAUUACUUCUGUUCUUCAUUAGAGAGUUUAUCAAAAAUCCUGCAACUUUCUCCUACCAUAGCCGGUGUUACUUUGCUUUCUUUGGGAAAUGGCGCACCAGAUGUAUUUGCUAGUCUCGCUUCCUUCAUGGGAACCACCGGCUCCGGUGGCGUUGGUCUUAAUAGUGUAUUGGGUGGGGCUUUCUUUGUGUCCAGUGUGGUUGUGGGGGUGAUUUGUAUUUCUAUAAGCUCUAAAGAAGUAUCCGUUGAUAAAUCGAGUUUCAUUAGAGAUAUUCUGUUCUUCCUCCUUACACUUGGUUCACUGCUAGCGAUUGUGAUUGUUGGAGCGAUAAACAUAUGGGGAGCCAUUGCUUUUGUCUCUCUUUACUUCAUUUAUGUCUUCAUCGUCUCUACGGCACAUAUAUGCCGGAAAAAGGAUAUCAAGGUUAGUAAUAUCUUUGAUAUUUCUCCUAUCACUAGAACUCUUUUUGCAUAUGACCCCAAUGAACAAUUCGGCGAGUUUAGAACGCCGUUGCUAGGACAUGUCAGUAGUGAUGAUGUUGAAAAACUCGGUUCAAUCCAAAAAUCUGGUGUUAACAAUGAAGAUGAAGAUAGAGAGGAUAAUCGGAAUGAAUUAACUACAAAUUGUUUCGGAUUAUUUGAUACGCCGGCUUGGAAUUACUUCAGCUGGUUUUUAUACAUCAUAGAAUUACCCAUUUACUUACCAAGAAGAAUGACAAUUCCUGUUGUCAGUGAAGAGAGAUGGUCCAAGUUUUUUGGAGUUGUUUCAGUUGCAUUGGCACCGAUCUUAUUGGUUGUUUUAUGGGUUACUCAGAACAAAGCCUUGGGUUACAACCGCAGCUUAAUGGUUUACUUAGCUGGUGGAUUAGUAGGAAUUGUUUUCGGAACAAUUGCAUUUGUGACUACUAAGAGUGCUAACCCUCCAAAGAGAUGUUUACUGCCUUGGUUAGUCGGAGGAUUCUUAAUGAGUGUUGCUUGGACUUAUAUUAUAGCCGACGAACUGGUUUCACUGCUGGUCUCGCUUGGAAGCAUAUUUGGGAUAAGUCCUUCAAUUCUAGGGUUAACUCUACUUGCUUGGGGGAAUUCAAUUGGGGAUUUGGUAGCAAAUGUUGCAAUGGCAGUGAAUGGUGAUCAAGAUGGUGCUCAGAUUGCAAUUUCAGGUUGUUAUGCAGGUCCCAUUUUCAACACAAUAAUGGGGUUGGGUUUAGGUUUUGUUUUCAAAACUUGGUCCGACUACCCAUCUUCAUUUGUGAUUCCUAAAGAUACCUCUUUGUACGCAACAAUAGGGUUUUUAAUGGCUGGAUUGCUGUGGGCACUUGUCAUUCUGCCUAGGAAGAAUAUGAAGCUUGAUAGGUUGUUAGGUUGUGGUCUUGUGGCUAUCUAUCUGUGUUUUCUAUCUGUAAGAUUAGCACAAACCCUUGGUGGAGUUCCAAUUCAAGGGACACUCUACCGCUAUUUUCUUUAAACCCUAGUUAGGUAGUAAUCAAUGUCGAAUGUAUUUUUGGGUUUUUUUCUUUUGUAUAAUUGAGAGUAUGCAUACUCAAAUGUAAUUAUAAGCUAAAGCUAAUCGAACUCAGGUAUAUAUAAUAGUUCUGUUAGCAGUAUAAUUUAAUACUUCAUGGUUUCUCAAAAGGUAAUA